CCGCUCCGCCUUCACUUCGGAGUUCUCCUUUUAGCUCCCCAUCCGUCAAAGAAGGGCCAAAACCCUAACCCUAAACCCCUCAUCCUCGAUUCCCUUCCUUUCUCUCCCUCUCUUCUUCCCUUCGAGCUCUCUAGAUUUUGGCCACUCUCCGGCGGCCGUAUCGUCGGCGGCGGAGGCGGAAGAGAUGUAUCUUUACAGCCUGACGCUCCAGCGGGCGACCGGUGUGGUGUGCGCCAUCAAUGGGAGCUUCGUCGGCGGAAGGACCCAGGAGAUCGUGGUGGCCCGUGGAAAGACCCUGGAUCUCCUCCGCCCCGACGAAUCCGGCAAGAUCCAGACCCUCCACUCCGUCGAGGUCUUCGGCGCCAUCCGCUCCCUCGCCCAGUUCCGUCUCACCGGAUCCCAGAAGGACUACGUCGUUGUCGGCUCUGACUCCGGCCGCAUCGUCAUCCUCGAGUACAGCAAGGAGAGGAAUUCCUUCGAUAAGGUCCACCAGGAGACCUUCGGCAAGUCCGGUUGCCGCCGCAUCGUCCCAGGACAGUACCUCGCCGUCGACCCGAAGGGCCGCGCCGUCAUGAUCGCCGCCUGCGAGAAGCAGAAGCUCGUCUACGUCCUCAACCGCGAUACUGCUGCCCGCCUCACCAUCUCCUCACCCCUCGAGGCCCACAAGUCCCACACCAUCACCUAUUCAAUUACCGGCGUCGACUGCGGCUUCGACAACCCCAUCUUUGCUGCCAUCGAGCUCGACUACUCCGAGGCUGACCAGGAUUCCACCGGCCAGGCCGCUGCCGAGGCCCAGAAGCACCUCACCUUCUAUGAGCUCGACCUCGGCCUCAACCAUGUCUCCCGCAAGUGGACCGAGCCCAUAGACAACGGCGCCAACCUCCUUGUCACUGUCCCUGGCGGUGGCGAUGGCCCCAGUGGCGUCCUUGUCUGUGCUGAGAACUUUGUUAUCUACAAGAACCAGGGUCACCCCGAUGUCCGUGCUGUUAUCCCUCGCCGGGCUGACCUUCCUGCUGAACGUGGCGUCCUGAUUGUUUCAGCCGCCACCCACCGCCAGAAAUCUAUGUUCUUCUUCCUCCUUCAGACUGAAUAUGGCGAUAUCUUCAAGGUCAUUCUCAACCAUGAGGGCGACCGUGUCACCGAGCUCAGGAUCAAAUACUUUGACACCAUUCCUGUCACGUCCUCCAUGUGCGUCCUCAAGUCAGGGUUGCUAUUUGCUGCAUCAGAGUUCGGGAACCAUGCGCUGUACCAUUUCCGGGCCAUUGGGGAUGGGGAUGAUGUAGAGGCCUCAUCUGCCACGCUGAUGGAGACUGAUGAGGGCUUUCAACCAGUGUUCUUCAAUCCCCGGAGAUUGAAGAAUUUGAUCAGAAUCGAUCACAUUGAGAGCCUCAUGCCCAUCAUGGACAUGAAGGUGCUGAACCUGUUCGAGGAGGAGACCCCACAGGUAUUCACUCUCUGCGGCAGGGGGCCACGCUCAUCUCUGCGAAUCCUGAGACCUGGGCUGGCAGUCAGUGAGAUGGCCGUGUCACAGCUUCCAGGUGUGCCAAAUGCAGUGUGGACAGUGAAGAAGAAUGUGAAUGAUGAGUUUGAUGCUUACAUUGUUGUGUCCUUCGCAAAUGCAACUCUGGUGCUUUCUAUCGGUGAGACUGUUGAAGAAGUCAGUGAUAGUGGGUUCGUCGACACCACCCCUUCGCUUGCAGUCUCAUUGCUUGGUGAUGAUUCUCUGAUGCAAGUCCAUCCCAAUGGAAUCAGGCACAUCAGGGAGGAUGGGCGUAUCAAUGAGUGGAAAACACCCGGGAAGAAGACCAUCGUGAAGGUCGGGUCGAACAGGCUCCAGGUUGUGAUUGCUCUGAGUGGAGGGGAGCUUAUAUACUUUGAGAUGGAUAUGACGGGCCAGUUGAUGGAGGUGGAGAAGCAUGAGAUGCCCGGUGAUGUAGCCUGUCUGGAUAUUGCCCAGUUUCCUGAAGGCAAGCAGAGGUCCCGUUUCCUUGCAGUUGGUUCAUAUGAUAACACAAUUCGGAUUCUGUCAUUGGAUCCUGAUGACUGUAUGCAGAUCUUGAGUGUCCAGAGUGUGUCAUCACCUCCUGAAUCCCUUCUGCUUCUUGAAGUUCAGGCUUCUACUGGAGGAGAGGAUGGUGCUGAUCAUCCAGCUAGUGUCUUUCUGAAUGCUGGCUUGCAGAAUGGUGUUUCUUUUCCGACUGUGUUGAUAUGGUUCGGUCAGCUCUCAGAUACAAGGUCGCGUUUCUUGGGCCUGAGACCCCCAAGCCUCUUCUCUGCUAGAGUAAGGGGCCGUCAGGCAAUGCUUUGCUUGUCCAGUCGGCCCUGGCUUGUAAUAGAUCAGGGACAUUUCUUGUUAACACCUCUUUCAUAUGAAACACUAGAAAAUGCUGCAUCAUUUGCUUCGGAUCAGUGUGCUGAAGGUGUCGUUGCAGUUGCUGGAGAUGCUCUGAGGGUCUUCACAAUUGAGCGGCUGGGAGAGACAUUUCAAUGAAACAGUCAUCCUUUACGAUACACUCCAAGGAAGUUUGUGCUACAGCCUCAGCGAAACUUAAUUAUCAUUGAAAGUGAUCACGGAGCAUUCACUGCAAGAAAGAGCGUGAAGCCGGCAAGGAAGGAAUGCUUGGAAGCAGCUCAAGUGGGUGAAAAUGGAAACAACAAUGGGGAUCAGAUGGAGAAUGGUGCUCAUGCGGUGAUGAUGAUGAGGAAUCCUCUUUCUGAUGAACAAUAUGGUUACCCAAAGGCAGAGGCAGAUAGGUUGGGUGUCCUUGCAUCAGGGUUCUUGAUCCAAGAACAGGGAAUAACGACUUGCCUGUUGGAGCUGCAGGAUAAUGAGGCUGCAUUUAGUGUCUGUACUGUGAACUUCCACGAUAAGGAGUAUGGGACUCUUUUGGCUGUUGGUACGGCAAAGGGAUUGCAGUUCUGGCCCAAGAGGAGUCUUGCUGCUGGUUUCAUUCACAUAUAUAAGUUUGUGGAUGAAGGAAAAUCUCUUGAGCUUGUCCAUAAGACACAAGUAGAAGGAGUUCCUCUUGCAUUAUGUCAGUUUCCCAAGGGAGACUACCUUGCUGGGAUUGGGACCUACUUCAGAUUGUAUGAUCUGGGUAGGAGGAGAUUGCUUAGGAAGUGUGAGAACAAGCUCUUCCCCAAUACGAUUAUCUCCAUUCAUACAUACCGAGAUAGAAUUUAUGUUGGAGAUAUGCAAGAGUCUUUCCAUUAUUGCAAGUACAGACGGGACGAAAACCAACUGUAUAUAUUUGCAGAUGAUUGUCCCAGGUGGCUUACUGCAUCGCACCACAUAGAUUUUGACACCAUGGCGGGGGCAGACAAGUUUGGGAAUGUGUACUUUGUCAGACUGCCGCAAGAUUUGUCAGAUGAGAUUGAAGAAGAUCCAACAGGAGGCAAGAUAAAGUGGGAGCAGGGGAAGUUGAAUGGUGCUCCCAACAAAGUGGAAGAGAUUGUGCAGUUUCACGUAGGUGACGUAGUCGCAUGCUUGCAGAAAGCCUCACUAAUACCUGGAGGGGGGGAAUGCGCAAUAUAUGGGACUGUAAUGGGCAGUUUAGGAGCGUUAUUUGCAUUCACCUCCAGGGAAGAUGUGGAUUUCUUCUCUCAUCUAGAAAUGCACAUGAGGCAAGAACAUCCACCAUUGUGUGGUAGGGAUCACAUGGCCUUCAGAUCUGCUUAUUUCCCAGUCAAGGACGUAAUUGACGGUGAUCUCUGCGAGCAGUUCCCAACCCUUCCUCCUGAUCUGCAAAGAAAGAUUGCUGAUGAACUGGAUCGGACCCCAGGAGAAAUACUGAAGAAACUCGAAGAAUUCAGAAAUAAAAUCAUUUGAGAAGGCAUUAAUAAUGAAUGUAGCAGAAACCAUGUACCUCCGCCUAUGUGCUGUGUGCUCCUUACUGCAUUAGUUUAUCUGGAGCAUUGCAUCUAUCAAUGAGGUUAACAGCUGGAUCUGAUUUUACAGUCAGUGCUGCGCCAUGACUGAAGUCUGUGUUUAAGGGUUUUUGUUUUUUCUUAAGGUCGCUUUGUGUAUGAGGUAUUAAGUAUUAACCAAACAUCCCACUAUGUUUAUAGUUAUUGAUACUUGGUAACCUUAACCUGAGAAGAAUUGUCUUCAUGUCAUCUUCAUUUGAGUUGCGCUUUUAUCUCUUCC